AUUACAUCUUACUUUUACAUCACAUCAAGGGCAAAAUUGGAAAGUCAACUACAAUUUAACACUUCCUUAUUUUCCCCCAAAGUCAAAAGAGGAACUCUUUUGAGAAACGGAGGUAGUAUUAGAUAUUUGAUAUAAAAACUAUUAUGAGUAAAUGAAAGAAAAAUUGAUAUAUAAAUAUAUUUUGUUUGAUAUUGCUACUAUAUACGGAGUAUCUAUUAGAAUGUCAUAAUCAAUGUGGAACAUAGGGACCCUCAUGGGUAAGUCGAUUGAGUUGGUGCAAGUUCUCAAGAGGAGAAGGAUUCAGGUGGCAUGCGUGCAAGAAACCAGGUGGGUGGGCACUAAGGCGCGAGAGGUUGAUGGUUUCAAAUUGUGGUAUUCAGGUUCAGCUAGGGGAAGGAAUGGAGUCGGCAUUCUGGUGGCGCCGGAGCUGCGGGAGUUUGUGGUGGAGGUGAAGAGGAUUAGUGAUCGUCUAAUGUUUAUCAAGUUGGUUUUGGGUGGCUGUGCGAUCAAUGUCGUGAGUGCUUACGCCCCGCAUGUUGGCCUGGCAGACGAAGUUAAGAAGGAGUUUUGGGACGCCUUGGAUGGGGUGGUUGUUGGUUUUCCACUGACUGAAAAAGUCGUCAUUGGAGGCGACUUCAAUGGCCAUAUUGGAGAAUCGGCCGAUGGCUUCGAGGACGUGCACGAGUGUUGGGCGGUUAAGAAGACUCAUGUGCGUCGUCUGCAUGCGGCGGAGAUGCGGAUGUUACGAUGGAUGUGCGGGAAGACAAGGUUGGAUAGGAUUUCGAAUGAGGUUAUCCGACGUCAAGUAGGUAUGGCACCGGUGGAAGACAAGUUGCGGGAAGCGAGGUUGAGGUGGCUUGGCCAUGUGAGACGGCGGGAUGCUGACGCCCCUGUACGGAGAUGCGAGAGGACUACAGUUCUCGGGGGAAGUAUGGGAAGGGGUAGACCUAAGAAGAAUUGGGAGGAGGUGAUAAGACAGGAUUUAGGACUUCUCGACCUGACUGAGGAUAUGACCCUAGAUAGGAACCUUUGGAGAACUAGGAUUAGAGUAGCUGGAUAGGAGCUCGGUGUUGUAGAGGUUGUUUUGUAGUGUGUUGUAUUUGUUGGGAAUCUUUUGCUAUUGUUUGUACUUGUUACUUGUACUUGGUGCCUUAUCUGUGCUAUACUGUGUUCUCUUCCAUAUUUUUGUGCAGGUGGAGCCGGGGGUCUCUUGGAAACAGCCUCCCUACUUCCGAGUAGGGGCAAGGUCUGCGUACACACACCCUCCCCAGACCCUACUGUUGUGGGAUUCAACUGGGUUGUUGUUGUUGUUGAUACGUUGCAAACAAUACGUAGUAGUAAAGAUGUAUUCAUUUU